AUGGGCGAUCAAAGUGAAAAAUCAUCAACAAUGAAUCAAUUUCAAGGAGUUACGACAUAUUUAGCUAUCGAUGGUGACGAAAUUCAACUUAGUCAAGUACCCAAUGAUCGUCAAAAACCUUUUACAUUUCGAAAUCAAAUUGGUCAAAUUGUUCAAGAAACAUCUAUGAGUGUUGUUAUUACAGCUGUCACGCAACCUGCUUAA